ACAAGACGAACAAACUUCUCCAAAAAUAAUUAAUAAUAAUAAUAGAUAAAAACAUAAUAACAAAAAGGAAAAAUUUUCAUGCGAAGCUCGCAAAAGCUCAGAGACCGCCCUUCGAUUCUUCCGGAUCAACCCUAUUCUCUCUCUCUCUCUCUCUUCUUUGAGAAGCUAUAAUGGCGGACCAGAGCUUCAAUCUCCUCCACACUCUCGAGCCUAGAAGGGAUUCCUAUGGAUUCGCUUUGAGACCGCAGCACGCACAAAGAUAUAGAGAGUACGCUAAUAUCUACAAGGAAGAGGAAGAGGAAAGAUCAGAUAAGUGGAAGAGCUUCCUUGAACAGUUGGGAAGGUAUACUCAACCUUGCUACUCUGGGAGAGAGCAUAAAGAGGCUUUACGGGCAGAAGUAACCGAGCAGAAAGUCGAAAUAAAUUCAGAGAGGCUUGAGGAAGGGGAUGACACGAGCAUUAGACAAUCUAUUACCGAUGGUCUAUCAGAAAGUGAUCCCAAAAAGGAGGUACAGCUUUCAAAGGAAACAAAAGCCAGUAAGGUGCAAACAUGGGCUCAAAUUAGAUCAUGCCUUGGUGCGAUAGAGAAUAUAAUGAGCUCUCAAGUUAAGAAGAGGAAAAAUAUGAAAGAUGAAGCGAUAGGCAUGGGAGAAAACCAUCUUCAGUUGAUAGAAAAGAUGGGAUCUCCAAAAGCUUUUGAUGACUUGGAGGAAGAGGUCUUUAUAAAUGAUGUUUUAGAUGAAAGUGUGAAUGCCUCCAUUGCAGAAAAUUCAGAGAAGGAUGGAACCUCCAAGAGUGCAGAUACCACUGAGGUAGAGGAGAAUUUGGGAAUUGGUGUCUCUCAAAAAGAUGUUGAUGAAGGGUUUCAUGUAGAGCCUUUCUUUUCUUGGAAAGAAGAAUUGGAGUGCCUCGUCCGAGGAGGAGUGCCAAAGGAUCUCAGAGGAGAGGUAUGGCAAGCUUUUGUAGGUGUGAAGGCUAGGCGGGUAGAGAGAUAUUACCAUGAUUUGCUAGCACAAGAAAGAAACACUAGUGAAAGUAAGGAUGGUGACAAAUUUUCUGGUGCAGCCAGCAAAUGGAAAAGGCAGAUUGAGAAGGACAUACCUCGUACAUUUCCAGGUCAUCCUGCUUUGGAUGACAAUGGUAGAAAUUCUUUGAGACGUUUGCUUUUAGCUUAUGCUCGACAUAACCCCUCUGUUGGGUACUGCCAGGCAAUGAAUUUCUUUGCAGGAUUGUUGCUACUCUUGAUGCCUGAGGAAAAUGCCUUCUGGACUUUGGUGGGUAUAUUGGAUGACUACUUCAAUGGCUACUUCACUGAGGAAAUGAUAGAAUCUCAGGUGGACCAACUUGUCUUUGAGGAUUUGAUGAGGGAAAGGUUUCCAAAAUUGGUUAAUCAUCUAGAUUACUUGGGAGUGCAGGUGGCAUGGAUCUCUGGACCUUGGUUUCUUUCCAUUUUUGUGAAUAUGCUUCCUUGGGAAAGUGUUCUCCGAGUUUGGGAUGUACUUCUUUAUGACGGGAACUGUGUUAUGCUAUUCCGGACAGCACUAGCGUUGAUGGAGUUAUAUGGCCCUGCAUUAGUUACAACUAAAGAUGUGGGAGAUGCUACUACUUUGCUGCAGUCCCUUGCAGGCUCGACAUUUGAUAGCAGCCAACUUGUUUUGACUGCUUGCAUGGGUUUUCUGGCUGUAACUGAAUCCAGGUUGCAAGGCUUGAGAGAAAAGCAUCGCCCAGCUGUACUUGCAGUAGUUGAGGAAAGAUCAAAAAAUGGUCGUGUUUGGAAGGAUUCCAAGGGGCUCGCCACUAAGUUGUAUAGUUUUAAGCAUGAUCCUGGAUCACUAAUAGAAGAGAAAAAGACUACUGAAGGAAGUGAGAAGCUUCCAAAGGGAGAUAAAUCUCAUUUAGAGCAUCGUUCCUCUAACGUCAAGGAUUUGCUUGAUCACUUAGCUGUAGAUCCAGAAGUAGAUUCUUUGCCAGAUCUUCAAGAACAGGUUGUCUGGUUGAAGGUUGAACUAUGCAGGUUGCUGGAGGAGAAAAGAUCUGCUGUACUCAGAGCUGAGGAGUUGGAGACGGCACUAAUAGAGAUGGUCAAGCAAGAUAAUCGACGGCAAUUGAGUGCAAGGGUUGAGCAAUUAGAGAGAGAAGUGAGCGCGCUACAUCAGGCCCUUUCCGAUAAGAAAGAACAAGAAGCUGCAAUGCUUAAGGUCUUGAUGAGGAUUGAGCAAGAGCUGAAGGUAACUGAAGAUGCUCGAUUAAGUGCAGAGCAGGAUGCAGCUGCUCAGAAAUAUGCAGUAUAUGUGCUUCAGGAAAAGUAUGAGAAGGCUACGGCUUCACUUGCUGAGAUGGAGAAGAGAGUGGUUAUGGCAGAAUCAAUGUUGGAGGCUACACUGCAAUACCAAUCUGGCCAAGUCACAGCACAGUCUUCUCCACGGGCUGCACGUAAUCAAGGAUCAACUCAGGAGAGCACAAGGAAGACAGGUCUUCUGCCUUUUGGACUUGGUUGGCGCGACAGAAAUAAGGGCAAACCAACUAAUUCCGAAGAGCCCAGUGAAAGUAAAACCACAAAUGAGCUAAUAGAUCUAAGCACUCAACAGAAGAAAACAAGUGAACAAGAACAGUAAUGGUGUAGUGUAGAAGAGAGAUGGCUUCAGUACCUUGCAUUUUUAUCAUUGCCAACUUGAUUGUAGAUAUGCAUACAACUUGGCCUAGGAAACAAACAACAAUGUACCAUUUAGAACUUACAUUCUAGUCCCUGGAUUUCAGAAAAUUCUUUCUGUGUAUUCAA